CAUUUACUGUAACUGCUUUAGGACUCAUUCCAUCUCUCGAUGCCAGUAAAACAACACUGAAUGCGAAAUGCGGCAUAAUCUUGUGAUACACCUGGCCUUGUUGUUGCAUACUUUGUUUGAAACAGUUCAUGGACAUUAUGGAUUCGUCCUAUAUCUCUGCCGUGUACUUGGUUCUCUACAAAAUGUUGAGGUCAUCUACUCAAUAUAUUUUGACAAAACUGAAUUUCUGAGAUUUAACAGUACUGAAAAUAAAUUUGUUGGUUACACUGAAUAUGCGAUGAAAUGGGCCGAUGAUUUUAAUAAAAAACCUGAUUGGCUACAUAAGGAGUCAGAGAAAUCCAUUGCCGAUUGCAAGCUCUAUGGGCAAAUCCUCACUAUGUUCGAAAAAACAGUAAAACCACAAGUCAUCGUCAGGUCAGUAAGGCAGGCCAGUGGUAAAAGUCCAGCCAUGUUGAUCUGCAGUGCCUAUGACUUCUACCCCAAACCCAUUAAACUGACGUGGAUGAGGGAUGAUAAAGCGAUGACAGCUGAUGUGACCUCCACUGAGGAGCUGGCUGAUGGAGACUGGUACUACCAGAUUCACUCCCACCUGGAAUACUUUCCCAAACCCGGAGAGAAGAUCUCCUGUGUCGUGGAGCACGCCAGCUCUCAUAGACCCAUGGUCUAUCACUGGGAUUCAUCUCUGUCAGAGUCUGACAGGAAUAAGAUGAUAACUGGAGCUGCAGGUGUGGUUUUGGGGGUGAUCAUGGCAGCAGGAGGGCUGAUCUACUACAAAAGAAAACACACAGCACAUGUCAUAUCAGCUGGAAGUAAAUACAUUAGAUGCUCUGAACCGCUGUAGGACUCAGUGGCACAUCAGAGUGAACAUUGAGUAACAGUGUAUCAGCUUAUUAAAGACAUUGAAACCUUCCAUUAGAUCUUCAGAGGCAACAAACACAACCAGUUCGACUGCAAUGCCUGUUUACACAACUGUUUUAUUGAUUGAUCAAAGAGACAUUCUCAUGUGGUUUGCUCUAUAAUUGCACUUUUUGAUUUUGCAAAGGUUAAUUCAAAUGCAUCCAUGCAUGUUUUAUGUUGAUUUAUCGUUUACAACCUACACUCGUAGAAAAAAAAGGGUUCAUUGGGGUUCUUUAUAUGAAGCAUUACUCAACUCCAAAGAACCUUUUAUGCUAAAAAGGUUC